CUCUCUCUCCCCCCCUGCAGCAGCAGCAUGGCGCCGUGUUUUUACACCGGGUGAUUUUAUUCUUUGCGCUCUUGUCUCCAUCUGUUUACUCGGGCCGCUCUUUACUGACUUGACUUGUGGCUGUGAGUGGACAUUAGAGGAGAAGUCAUGUCAGUGGCAGCUGCGACUCUUCUGCUCCUGCUCUGCUCCAUGUGUGAUUCUCUGGACGCUGACUGGGAGUUUGUGGAAACUAAUUUUACGGACCUCAGUGAUGCAAUCGAUUACAAGGAUCCCUGCAAAGCUGCUGCCUUUCUGGGAGACAUUGCUCUGGAUGAAGAUGACCUCCGCAUGUUCAGAGAGGUCCGCAGCCUCCAGCCCAACCGAACACACUCAGGCAACAGUUCCACCUCCAACGAGAGCAUCAGGAGUAAAAGAGCGGCAAAGGGGAUCCUCCGUCGUCUGAGGAGAGCGGCCACCUCCAGGGCCGAGCGAGUGUGGCCCGACGGCAUCAUACCGUAUGCCAUCAGUGGGAAUUUUAGUGGCAGUCAGAGAGCCAUUUUCCGUCAGGCGAUGCGUCACUGGGAGAAACACACUUGCGUAACCUUCACUGAGAGGACGACCGAGGAGAGCUACAUCGUCUUCACCUACAGGCCGUGUGGGUGUUGCUCCUACGUGGGGAGGAGAGGCAGCGGCCCCCAGGCCAUCUCCAUAGGGAAGAACUGCGAUAAGUUUGGCAUCGUGGUGCAUGAGCUCGGCCACGUGAUCGGCUUCUGGCACGAACACACGCGCCCGGACCGUGACGAGCACGUAAGCAUCAUCAGAGACAACAUCCAGCCAGGACAGGAGUAUAACUUCCUGAAGAUGGAACCGGGCGAGGUCAACUCACUGGGGGAAGUGUACGACUUUGGCAGCAUCAUGCAUUAUGCAAGGAACACAUUUUCCAGAGGAAUCUUCUUAGACACGAUCUUGCCCCGUUACGAUGUGAACGGAGUCAGGCCCCCGAUUGGACAGAGGACCAGGCUCAGCAAAGGGGACAUUGCACAAGCUCGCAAACUCUACAAAUGUGCAAAGUGCGGCGAGAGCCUGCAGGACAGUUCUGGAAACUUCUCAUCUCCUGGUUUCCCCAACGGCUACUCGGCGUACUCUCACUGCGUCUGGAGGAUUUCUGUCACUCCUGGAGAGAAGAUCGUUCUGAACUUCACCUCCAUGGACCUCUUCAGGAGUAACUUGUGUUGGUACGACCACGUGGAGGUCCGAGACGGCUUCUGGAGAAAAGCUCCACUGAAAGGUCGUUUCUGUGGAGACACACUUCCAGAUCCCAUCGUCUCCACUGACAGUCAACUGUGGAUUGAAUUCAGGAGCAGCAGCAGCUGGCUGGGCAAAGGCUUUUCCGCCGUUUAUGAAGCCAUCUGUGGGGGAGAGGUGACGCGGGACAGUGGCCAGAUCCAGUCCCCCAAUUAUCCCGAUGACUACCAGUCCAAUAAAGUGUGCGUGUGGAAAAUCACAGUGGCAGAGGGCUUCAAUGUCGGCCUCUCAUUCCAGUCGUUUGAGACUGAGAGACACGACAGCUGCGCCUACGACUACGUGGAGGUGAGGGACGGCGGCUCGGAGAACAGCCCGCUGCUCGGCCACUUCUGUGGCUAUGACAAACCGGACGACAUCAAGAGCAGCUCCGACCAGCUCUGGCUGAAGUUCGUGUCUGACGGAUCGGUCAACAAAGCCGGAUUUGCAGCCAACUUUUUCAAAGAGAUGGACGAGUGCUCCCGACCCGACAACGGUCACUGCGAGCAGCGCUGUCAGAACACGCUGGGCAGCUACAGGUGUGCCUGCGACCCGGGAUAUGAGCUGGCGGCCGACAGACACAGCUGUGAGACAGCUGCCUGCGGUGGGUUCAUCACCGUGCUGAACGGCUCGCUCACCACCCCCGGCUGGCCCAAAGAGUACCCACCCAACAAGAACUGUGUGUGGCAGCUGGUGGCGCCCAUCCAGUACCGCAUCACCCUGGUGUUCGACGUGUUCGAGGCCGAAGGGAACGAUGUGUGUAAAUAUGAUUAUGUGGAGGUGCGCAGCGGCUUGAGCUCAGACUCAAAGCUUCAUGGGAAGUUCUGCGGAGCGGACAAACCCGAGGUCAUCACCUCCCAACACAACAACAUGAGGAUUGAGUUCAAGUCGGACAACACCGUGUCCAAGAGGGGCUUCAAGGCUCACUUCUUCUCCGAUAUAGACGAGUGCUCCGAUGACAAUGGCGGCUGCCAGCACGAGUGCGUGAACACCUUCGGGAGCUACAGCUGUCAGUGCCGCGGGGGCUUCAUGCUGCACGAUAACAAACACGACUGCAAGGAAGCCGGUUGUGAUCAUGUUGUGAACAGUGCGUCGGGAAUCAUCAGCAGCCCCAACUGGCCUGACAGAUAUCCCAGCAAGAAGGCCUGCACCUGGUCUCUGUCCACAACCCCGGGCCACCGCAUCAAACUCGUUUUCAACGAGCUCGAGAUGGAGGCCCAUCUAGAGUGCGCCUACGACCAUCUGGAGAUCUUCGACGGGCGAGACCCCCGCGCCCCGAGUCUCGGACGCUUCUGCGGCACCAAGAAACCUUCUCCGGUCGUCUCCAGUGGCAACAAACUGUUUCUGCGGUUUUCCUCAGACAACUCGGUGCAGAAAAGAGGCUUCGAGGUUUCAUACAGAGCAGGAUGUGGAGGGAGCCUGAAAGCCGAGGUCAAGACAAAAGAUCUGUUCUCUCAUGCACAGUUUGGAGAUAACAACUAUCCCAGUGGCUCUGACUGUCUGUGGGUGGUCACUGCCGAGAAGGGCUACGGAGUGGAGAUCAUCUUCCGAGUGUUUGAGAUCGAGGAGGAGGCCGACUGCGGGUAUGACUACGUGGAGCUGUACGACGGCGCCGACAUGAAGUCCCCGCGGCUGGGACGAUACUGUGGAUCUGGGGCUCCAGAAGAGGUCUAUUCAGCUGGAGACGCCAUCAUUUUAAAGUUUCACUCUGACGACAGCAUCAACAAAAAGGGCUUUCACGUACGCUACACGAGCACCAAGUUCCAGGACACGUUACACGCAAGCAAGUGACUGUGACAUGUCGGAUCCCAGCCCCAAACCAAAACGGAGACUUCAGCCCUGGCAUUUGGCGGAACACGCCCUUUUCCAGACGAGGAGUGGAUGCACGGGAUCGACACCACAAACACCAGCAGACGCAUACUUCACAUUCACGUCUGCUGGAGAGUGAAACCACGCAGAGAAAUUAUAGUUGCACAGGAGGAAAAGUUUGAAGUGACUGUUUUUGAGUCAAAUUCAGCCUGUAUUGAAUGAUUGUCAUAACACUGUAAAGAUAUCAAAUGUAUAUAUUGUGAUAUAGUUUGGCUUGUUUUGUUUUUUUACUUUGAUGUAUUCUAUCUAUUUCAUUUUUCUUUGCUGUAGUUUAGUUUUUCAUUGAUCAGAUGCAGAACAUUCCCACACAGUAUUUUCCCAGCUUCCUUUUUAAACCAUUACUGUGUUUCCAGCUUCCAACAAGUUCUGCUUUUCCUCUGACUCGUGUUUUUGUGCUUUAAAUCUCUUUGCAACACACAGUCGGGCGAAGUGAUGACAGAGGAAAUCAACUCCUCUAACUUGAAUCUUUUCUAUAUUUUGCUUUUACCUCUCAGUAACUUCUGCUUAUGUCCCACAACACCAGCUGAAAGUCGUAUUUUUGCUUAUCGUAGUUGUUUCGCUUGUUAGCUUGCUGCUGUGAUGCAGAGGUGACAUCACUGUUGGUUGUGGUCACAGGGGGAAAGAGAGGGUUCUUGGUUCGAAUCCCGGAUUCUUCCUGUGUGGAGUUUGCAUGAUCUCCCCGUGUGAACGUGCGUUUUCUCUGGGUGCUCCAGCUUCCUCAGUCCAAUGGCGUGCAGAUUGAGGUUAGCUUGAGACGUUGCAUUGACCUUAAGUGUGAAUAUGUGUUAGUGGUGUUCUGUCUCUGUAUGCUGGCCCUGUGACGGGCUGGUGACCUGUCCCGGGGGCAUUCUGCUUCUCGGUGUGUCAGCUGGGAUUGGCUCCAGUGCCCCUGCAACCCUUAAAGGAUGAGCAGUGUAGAUAACAGAUGGAUCAUUGUGUUUCCACCUGGUAUUAAAGGUUCCCCGGGAAGUUCCCUUGUAAACAAAGUAAACUGUGUCCUGUGUCAUAGCUCUGAUAAAUGAGUUUGAUGUAUUUUUCUUCAUCAUAAAACACAGAGCUUUGAACGUUGCAUCCAUG